AUGAGGGUAGUACAGCAACAACAGCAUAUUCCUUCACAUAAUGCUGGAUCCGAUGGGUGCAGUUUCGACGAACUGGACAAAGCAGUAUUCGAGGAUCUGCAUGCAGCUCUUUCUCGCUUACUCUCAGCUGAAGAGGAAUAUGAUAUCUGGGAAGCCGCUGAACUGAUAUUCCGUGACUACCAUGACGCUCUUGUAUAUCUCGGUUCCCAAGCUCCUGCUGAAGAACUCAAGCAUGCAUUAGGUGCAGAUCGUUGCCUUUGUGGGACUGUGAUCGAAAAUUGCCUGAUACAGGACUAUGAUCGGGGAAGGGGUGAUUCCUUCUUGUCUUCGUUGAUUGCAGAGGAUCGGGAUUUUCGCUUGGUUUACGGCCUUUGGCGAUGGUGUAUCGAAGGUGCACUUGAAUCCAGUGGGUUUGCUGAUCUUGCUCACCAAGUGAAGGACAUCAAAGAGCUAUCAGGAACAGCUAAAUCAGACAUGAAACGAAUGAGGAGCUCAAGACAGCUUUCAGCUGACCCAGAUUCUAUGAUUAAAGCAGCAGACGAUCCGAAUUUUGACAAGUUGAUCCGCGUCGUAUUUAGUUUACUUCGUUGUGGACGCUUUGAGGAAGCCAUAGAGCUUUCUGACGGUAUGGGUGUGCCAUGGAUGACAUUGUUAAUACGGACUCAGCAACUUCUUAUCGACCCAAUUUUGAUAGGUGCUGAUCUAACAAAGCAGGAAAAAGCUCGCCUACACUACAGGAAGUUGACAUACCAAGUGAUGAAGAAAGCUAUAGCCGAGACCAAAUAUAGUAUGGGUGUUCGGAUGGUGUUCGCCGCACUUGCAGGAGAUGUGCAAUUCCUUUUGCCGUUGGCCACUAGUGUUGAGGACCGAAUUUGGUGUUAUGCGAAUGCAGCUGUUCAGGCUAGGUUAAACAAUGCUCUCGAACUUGACCACCCAGUAUAUGCCCCAAUCUCUAUCGAAGGAAUCUUUGAGGCCAUAACUACUGUGGAGACCCCACCUUACUAUGUCCUUAUGAGUUAUUUGAUGAGAGGAGCAUGGAAUGAAGCCGUCGAAUGGAUGCAUGAGUACUGCAAGAAAAUUGAGAAGUCUGGUGCAAAUUUCUCCUCACUUUAUCGAUUUUUUGGGCUUGUUGCUAGUGCGUGCCGUAUUUUAAAAUACGAACAUGAUGACAAUUAUGGGAGAGAACUUGUCGAACUUAUGAUCGACUCGCUGUUGCAGAAAAAAUUGUUCAGUUUAAUUCCAUUCUAUGCAGCGUUAUUGCCAAAAGAGGAAGCUAUGAAGAAGAUUUGGAGCGUAAUACCAUAUGUGAGGACUGAAACUGACCGCAGGAGGUUCAUCCAUGCUCUGAAUAAAGCCGAAUUCGACGGCGAGAAUUUUGCGCUUCACUUCGGCAGAUUUCGAAUAGUGGAAGACGUUCAUCACCUUGAUUGUUUACGAUGGAUCUUCAUAUGCGGAGACAACAAACUGCAGUAUGCUCUUGCAGAGGCUAAUUCAGUGAUCCGGCACUACCUCAUAAGCAAUCUGGAAAAGGAUGCGAGCGCAGUUAUUAAAGAAUGUGAAAACUUGAAGUUGGUUGAUCGACUGGCGUCUUUUGUUCGAAACACUGACGAAUCCGAACCUUCAUACCAGGACACUGCUGCUGCUGGUGUCGUGAUUGACGAAUUCAACAAUCACUGCCUGUAUUUGUCCGCGCAAGCCCACUGCACAACUUUCGCCAUGGAAUGUGCCAGAGCCCAAGCAGCGGCAAAAAAGCUGGCAGAAGACGAGCGUGCAGGCGGUGAAUGGUCACGACAAGGAGAUUUGGUCGGUCUUUCACAGCGCACAGCGCGAGCAGAGCGCAACCAAUCCCUCCAUGAGCGCUCGAAAAUAGCACUGGAUGCAUGUAAAGCGCGCACUUUCGAUGCAGUCACGUCGUUUUUGAAACAUCCUGGUUGGAGGUCUGGUACUAAAAAGGAUUGGGCUAGAUCUGAACAGCUCAAAGCACUUAGAGAGCGUUUUUAUGCUAAUAUUUUGAACAUGCUACUACGUGACCUAGGAAUGUGCGAGGAUGCUACCUCAAUACUUGAUCUCCUACCAUUUCUUGCCGAUGAUGAUCCUGGACUCUAUAAGGAUCUCUCGAAAGAAGAUCUGCAACGGUUCCUUCUCGACGUUCACACUUUGGCGGGACGCGCCAUGGAGUGA